UGUUGCGGUGCCGGGCUAUGUUGCAGGGCUCCCGCCGCCUCCUCCUCUUCGCCAGCCGCCUCUGGGGGUCCCGAUCACUCACAGCAGGGUAAGAGGUUGGAAAAAGCGGCCUCCGGCGCCCCCUCCAGCCGGCCCUUCUCUCCCCCUGUCCGGAUUUCAAUCUAAAACAUAUAGCAAAAUGAACUCCCUUUCAGUCCAGCGAGUUGUCAAUGACAUCAUCAAGUCCCCAGAAGACAAGAGGGAAUACCGGGGCGUUGAGCUGGUCAAUGGGAUAAAAGCAGUUCUGAUAAGUGACCCCACCACCGACAAAUCCUCCGCAGCUCUGGAUGUUUACAUUGGGUCUCUCUCCGAUCCCGACAACAUUCCAGGGCUCGCCCACUUUUGUGAGCACAUGCUUUUUUUGGGCACAAAAAAAUACCCCAAAGAGAAUGAGUACAGCCAGUUUCUAAGUGAGCACGCGGGGAGCUCCAACGCCUUCACCAGUGGAGAACAUACCAACUAUUACUUUGAUGUAUCCCAUGAACACCUGGAGGGAGCACUGGACAGGUUUUCCCAGUUUUUCUUGGGCCCUCUCUUUGACGAAAGCUGUAAGGAUCGGGAAGUGAAUGCAGUGGAUUCUGAGCACGAGAAGAACCUGAUGAAUGACGCCUGGAGACUCUUCCAGCUGGAGAAGGCGACCGGAAACCCUCAACACCCCUUCCAUAAAUUUGGAACAGGUAAUAAGCUUACUCUUGAAACCAGACCUACCCAAGAAGGACUCGACGUGCGGCAAGAAUUGCUGAAGUUUCACUCCACGUAUUAUUCUUCUAACCUCAUGUCUAUUUGUGUACUUGGAAGAGAAACUCUUGAUGAAUUGACAGAGUUGCUGGUGAAACUGUUUGCAGAAGUAGAGAAUAAAAAUGUCCCAGUUCCAGAAUUCCCUGAAAACCCCUUCCAGAAGCAAUGUCUGCAGAAAACAUACAAAAUAGUGCCUAUAAAGGACAUAAGAAAUCUCUACGUCACGUUCCCGAUUCCCGACCUCCAGAAGUAUUACAAGUCUAACCCAGGUCAUUAUCUUGGACACCUCAUUGGACAUGAAGGUCCUGGAAGCCUACUCUCUGAACUGAAGUCUAAAGGCUGGGUGAAUACCCUGGUUGGAGGCCAGAAAGAAGGCGCCAAAGGAUUCAUGUUCUUCAUCAUUAAUGUAGAUCUAACGGAGGAAGGCCUGUUGCAUGUGGAUGAUAUCAUUUUCCACAUGUUCCAAUACAUCCAAAAACUGCGAACUGAGGGCCCUCAAGAAUGGGUGUUCCAGGAAUGCAAGGACUUGAAUGCUGUUGCCUUUCGAUUUAAAGAUAAAGAGCGUCCACGUGGCUACACAUCAAAAGUGUCCGGACUGCUGCAUUAUUACCCUCUAGGAGAAAUCUUGGCUGCUGAGUAUCUACUAGAAGAAUUCAGGCCGGAUUUAAUAGAAAUGGUGCUCGACAAGCUCAGGCCAGAGAACGUCAGAGUGGCCAUCGUUUCCAAGUCUUUUGAGGGCAAAACUGACCAGACAGAAGAGUGGUAUGGAACACAAUACAAGGAAGAAGCCAUCCCAGCAGAUGCCAUCGAGAAUUGGCAAAAAGCUGAUAUAAAUGGGAAGUUUCAUCUACCCAUGAAGAAUGAAUUUAUUCCCACAAAUUUUGAGAUUGUUCCUUUAGAAAAGGAUGCCACACCGUGUCCUGCACUGGUUAAGGACACAGCAAUGAGCAAAUUGUGGUUCAAGCAAGAUGACAAGUUCUUCCUUCCCAAAGCCUGUCUCAAUUUUGAGUUCUUUAGCCCAUUUGCUUAUGUGGAUCCUUUGCAUUGUAACAUGGCCUAUUUGUAUCUUGAACUGCUUAAAGAUUCUCUCAACGAGUAUGCAUAUGCAGCAGAGCUAGCCGGCCUGAACUAUGACCUCCAAAAUACCAUCUAUGGGAUGUAUCUCUGUGUGAAAGGUUACAAUGACAAGCAGCAUAUCUUGUUAAAGAAGAUCAUCGAGAAGAUGGCUACGUUUGAAAUAGAUGAGAAACGUUUUGAGAUAAUUAAAGAAGCGUACAUGCGCUCUCUGAACAACUUCCGCGCAGAACAGCCUCACCAGCAUGCAAUGUAUUACCUGAGGCUGCUGAUGACUGAAGUGGCCUGGACCAAAGAGGAGCUCCGGGAAGCUCUAGAAGAUGUUACCCUUCCUCGUCUUAAGGCCUUCAUUCCCCAGCUGCUGUCCCGGUUGCAUGUUGAAGCUCUUCUCCAUGGCAACAUAACAAAGCAGACGGCAGUGGGCAUGAUGCAGAUGGUGGAGGACACUCUUAUCGAGCACGCUCACACGAAACCCCUUCUCCCAAGCCAGCUGGUUAGAUACAGAGAAGUACAGCUGCCUGACAGGGGCUGGUUUGUGUAUCAGAAGCGGAAUGAAGUGCACAAUAACUGCGGUAUCGAGAUCUAUUAUCAGACGGACAUGCAGAGUACAUCCGAAAACAUGUUUCUAGAGCUCUAUUGUCAGAUCAUUGCAGAGCCCUGCUUCAACACGCUGCGCACCAAGGAGCAGCUAGGUUAUAUUGUUUUCAGUGGUCCCCGCAGGGCAAACGGAAUCCAAGGCCUCCGAUUUAUUAUUCAGUCAGAGAAGCAACCUCAUUAUCUGGAGAGCCGGGUGGAGGCCUUUUUGAAGACUAUGGAGAAGUCCUUGGACGAGAUGACAGAUGAGGCCUUCCAGAAACACAUCCAGGCUCUAGCGCUCCGGCGCCUGGACAAACCAAAGAAGCUGUCCGCUGAAUGUGCAAAAUACUGGGGGGAGAUCAUCUCUCAACAGUAUCACUUUGAUAGAGAUAAUGUUGAAGUGGCGUAUCUGAAAACCCUGGUCAAGGAUGAUAUCAUCAAAUUUUACAAGGAAUUAUUAGCUGUGGAAGCUCCAAGAAGGCAUAAAGUGUCGGUGCACGUGCUCGCCAGAGAGAUGGAUUCAUGUCCAGUCGUUGGAGAGUUCCCUAGUCAAAAUGAUGUCAAUCUUGCUCCUGCCCCAGCACUUCCUCAGCCCGAUGUCAUCAGUAACAUUACAGAGUUUAAGAGGAGCCUACCUCUCUUCCCACUUGUCAAGCCACACGUUAACUUCAUGGCUGCAAAAUUAUGAUGCACGCAAAAGCAGGAAGAUCUGGAAAAACACCCAAGCCUGGCGUUCUUUGCUGCGUUUGAGAAUCCGUGAACCGUGUGAUGACUAUAGUAGGAUAUUGCUAAUAGACCCGUCAAUAGGAUCAACAAAUGAUUUAGUGAAAAAUGUAAUAGGGUAUUUUUUAAUUGUGGCGUGUCGGAAACUAUCUGGAUCACAGCCCUGCGUCCUAUACGAAAAGAAACCUGUACUGAUUAUUUUUAUCGUGUGUGUGUAUAGAUAUAUAUAUAAUGCAUUGAUUUGCAGUGGAUAGAAAGCGUUCCUAUGAAGGGGGCCCAAUGCUGGCUAGUGGACAUGAUGGGUCAGACGGUUUGGAAAUGGAGAGGCAGCACUUCCAUGCAGCCGUGGAUUUCAACUUUUAAAACUGGGUUAUAUCACCAGGUCUGCAUUUACUCAUUAGGCAGGUAUUCUCCUUCACAUGGUCCUUUCAGUUGUUUUAUCCAAUUUCUUCAGAUCUUAAGGACGUGGUUGUUUCUGAGGUGACAUUAUUGCACAGUGCACAUAUCAAUAGCUGGGAUGUUAAAGAUGCUGCCAUUAAACCAUCCCAUCAAUCCUCAUUUAACACAUACUUUUUUUUUGGCUUUCCUGUAUGCAACAGGGGUGUAAGCUGGCUCUUAAGUGUUCUUUACGGACUCCAAGAACAGUGGCUCCUUGGCACUGGGAUCCCUGGCAAGAAGGGAAAAAGGUCAGAAAAGGUAUCUGGUGUAAACCAGAAGAUAUGACUUGGGCUGAAUGCACACGGCCGUGAGCGGUCCGUGGAACCACGGGCUGGAUUCCUGCUGAGAGCAGGAGCGCACGGCGUCAUUGGUUGCUAUGAUGCCGUGCGCUUCCUGCUGUCAGCAG